GGCGCUCCCCUCUGACGAUGCCCGGGGCUUGGUUCCUUCUCGCAGCAGCGCAGUCGGGGGAGAAGGUGAAGUGACGGGGGAGCAAAUUGGAUUUGCAGCAGGGGAGACAGCUUCUUCACCUUUUCUCUGAACUGCUUAGGAAACAAGACGCAGACCAUGCUCGGCAUUUGAGAACCCAGCCUGUGCCUUAGAACGCAAUGUCCCUGCUCUUCCCUUGCUCCAAGUCCAUUGUCUCCGGCAAGAAGGACAAGAGACACAUGGCGGAAGUCAACGCCUCCCCGCUCAAGCACUUCGUCACCGCCAAGAAGAAGAUCAAUGGCAUCUUUGAACAGCUGGCUGCCUACAUCCAGGAGAGCUCAGCAUUCCUGGAGGAAACGCACAAGAACGUGGAGCUGGACCCCAUCACCACAGAGGAGCAGGUGCUGGAGGUCAAAGGCUACCUGUCCAAGGUGGCCGGCAUCAGCCAGGUGUUGGCCCGGCGUCACAUGAAGGUGGCCUUUUUCGGACGGACGAGCAACGGGAAGAGCACAGUAAUCAAUGCCAUGCUGUGGGACAAGGUCCUUCCCUCGGGCAUCGGACACACCACAAACUGCUUCUUGCGCGUGGAGGGGACAGAGGGCCAGGAUGCCUUUCUGCUCACCGAGGGGUCCGAGGAGAAGAAAAGCGUCAAGACAGUCAACCAACUGGCUCACGCUCUCCAUCAAGACGAAGUCCUGACUGCCGGAGGAAUGGUCAGCGUCAUGUGGCCAAACUCCAAGUGUCCCCUCCUCAAAGAUGACCUGGUUUUGAUGGACAGCCCCGGAAUCGACGUAACCACUGAAUUGGACAGCUGGAUUGACAAGUUCUGCUUGGACGCUGACGUCUUUGUCUUGGUGGCAAACUCCGAGUCGACCCUGAUGCAGACGGAGAAGCAGUUCUUCCACAAAGUCAACACCCGGUUGUCGCGGCCCAACAUUUUCAUCCUGAACAACCGAUGGGAUGCCUCUGCCUCCGAACCGGAGUACAUGGAAGAGGUCCGGCGCCAACAUAUGGAACGCUGCACCAGCUUCCUGGUGGACGAGCUGGGCGUGGUGGAUCGGGCCCAGGCCGGCGACCGCAUCUUCUUCGUCUCCGCCAAAGAGGUGCUGAGCGCCCGAAUCCAGAAGGCGCAGGGGAUGCCCGAAGGAGGCGGGGCACUGGCAGAAGGGUUCCAAGUGAGGAUGUUUGAGUUCCAGAACUUUGAGAGGAGAUUUGAGGAAUGCAUCUCUCAGUCGGCGGUGAAGACCAAGUUUGAGCAGCACACGGUCAGAGCCAAGCAGAUCGCGGAAGAGGUCCGCCACAUCAUGGACUCGGUACAUGUGGCUGCCCAGGAACAGAGGAUUUACUGCCUGGAGAUGCGGGAGGACCGCCAGGAGCGCCUUGGCUUCAUCGACAAGCAGCUGGACCUGCUCACUCAAAACUACAAGCUGAAGAUCAAGCAGAUCACAGAAGAGGUGGAGCGGCAGGUCUCCAACGCGAUGGCGGAAGAGAUCAGACGCCUCUCUGUGUUGGUGGACGACUUCCAGCUAGAUUUUCACCCAUCUCCCGUAGUCAUUAAAGUUUAUAAGAAUGAACUCCACCGGCACAUUGAGGAGGGUCUCGGCCGGAAUAUGUCUGACCGCUGCUCCAGCUCCAUCACGACGUCCCUGCAGACGAUGCAACAGGAGAUGAUCGAUGGCUUAAAGCCCCUCCUGCCAGCCUCCCUGAGAGGCCAGAUAGACAAGCUCAUUCCCCGGCAGUGCUUCGCGAUGAGCUACGACCUCAACUGCGACAAGCUCUGCGCCGACUUCCAGGAGGACAUCCAGUUCCACUUCUCUCUCGGCUGGACGAUGCUCGUGAACAGGUUCCUGGGACCCAAGAGCACCCGGCGGGCCUUGAUGGGCUACAAUGACCAGGUUCAGCGUCCUCUGCCUUUGACUCCAGCCAACCCAAGCCUGCCUCCCUUACCUCAGGGAUCCUUGACUCAGGAAGAGCUGAUGGUCUCGAUGGUCACUGGGCUGGCCUCUCUCACAUCCAGGACCUCUAUGGGCAUCCUCGUGGUUGGAGGAGUGGUCUGGAAGGCUGUGGGCUGGAGGCUGAUCGCCCUUUCUUUUGGCCUCUAUGGACUGCUGUAUGUCUAUGAGCGUCUCACCUGGACCACGAGAGCGAAGGAGAGGGCUUUCAAGCGGCAGUUUGUGGACUACGCCGGCGAGAAACUCCAGCUCAUCGUCAGCUACACGGGUUCAAACUGCAGCCAUCAAGUUCAGCAAGAGCUUGCCGGGACCUUCGCCCAGCUCUGCCAGCAGGUUGACGUGACGAGAGAAGAUCUCGAGAAGGAGAUCACGGCCCUGAAUCAAAAGAUUGAGAUCUUGGACUCCCUGCAGAGCAAAGCCAAGCUGCUCAGGAAUAAAGCCGGUUGGUUGGACAGCGAGCUGAACAUGUUCACACACCAGUACUUGCAGCAGAGCAGAUAAGCGAGGAAAGGCAGAGGAGGAGGGCAGAUAUUUCUGCUCGCCACUUAAGGACCCGCUUGCAGAACCUGUUCCAGGUGGUGGGGAUCCCCCCCCCCCCAGAGCCACAGAGGAGACAAUCGCUGCCCCGUCUCUCCUUUUCUGCCAUGAGACUGAGAGAAUCACACGGCCUCUGCAUGGUUUAUCCAUUUCUAAACCCCCCACCCACUCACCCACCCCAGUUUAUUUUAGAGUCCUCCUUCCCCACCCCUUCUUCCAGUAGUGGUAAUAAGCUAAUAAUUAGCAGGAGAGAAAAUGCCUGUGUUUAUACACUUACAAGGAGGAAUGACAAAUCUGGUCUGCUUCCCCCUCUUCUUUGCCUUUUAACAACAAUGAAAUGUCAAGAUCAA